CUAAAACAGUUGGUAGUCUGUACCGUCUGUGCGUAAGAAUAACUACGUAAACAUUUCAAAUUGAAGUACAAUACAAAAUGAAUUCAGCAAGAAAAUUGCGUUCCAUGAUCAUUCUGACUGCCAGUGCGUAUACAACAUACGCAGGAAUUAGCUUUUACAGAAACGAAGACGGUUUUUACAAAAAUGUUGUGAUGCCUGCUGUACAUUUACUAGACCCAGAGAAGGCACAUAAUUUGGCAAUAUUUUGCAGCAAGCAUAGAUUAUUACCUAAGGCAGUAUAUAAAGACCCAAACUCAUUGAAAAUUGAAUUGUUUAACAAAACAUUUAAAAAUCCGUUAGGUAUUGCAGCAGGAUUUGAUAAAAAUGGGGAAGCUGUGCUUGGGUUGAGAGACAUUGGUUUUGGGUUUAUUGAAAUAGGUUCUGUAACACCUCUUCCACAGCCAGGUAAUGAAAAACCAAGAGUUUUCCGACUUAAUGAGGACAAAGCUGUAAUAAAUAGAUAUGGGUUUAACAGUGAUGGUCAUGAUGUUGUCUAUGAACGAAUAAAAGAGAUUAAAAAAAUGGGCUUUGAUGGUGUAUUGGGUGUUAACUUAGGUAAAAAUAAAUUGUCUCCCGAUCCUAUAAAUGAUUACAUUUUGGGCAUUAAAAAGUUUGGCCCCAUUGCUGAUUAUCUAGUAAUAAAUAUAAGCAGUCCGAAUACUCCUGGUUUGAGAAACAUGCAGAGUAAAGAAAUAUUUCAAAAGUUACUGUGUGCAGCGGUCAGCGCCAGAAACAGUUUAAAAGAGAAACCACCUCUACUUAUUAAAUUGGCUCCUGAUUUAAGUUUUGAAGAAAGAAGAAAUAUCGCUCAAGUUCUGAUGAGACCAGAUUGUGCGGUUGAUGGUCUUAUUAUCUCAAAUACGACGGUGGAACGGCCUGAUUCGUUGAUGAAUGAGUCAAGUAAAGAAGAGACAGGUGGAUUAAGUGGCAAACCACUAAAAAAUAUGUCAACCACAAUGAUUGCCGAGAUGAGAGAGCUUACCCAGGGUAAAAUUCCAAUUAUAGGCGUGGGUGGAAUCUCAACUGGAUUAGAUGCUUAUGAAAAAAUUAAAGCGGGAGCUUCUGUUGUUCAAAUUUAUACAUCAAUGGUUUAUGAUGGACCACCAAUUGUCACAAAAAUUAAAAGCGAAUUAGACGAUCUCCUGAAACAAGAUGGCUUAAAAAGUAUAGCUGAGGCUGUGGGGAGGGAUGCUAAAUUUUGAUUAAGUCGCAACGUUGAAAUUUUAAUAUUUUUAUAAAUACAGUUUGUAUGUAAAUUUUAUUUAGGAUCAUGAUGUACACAAAUUUUUUGCAAAAUAAAUAAAUAAAACAUAAGUAAAAAAUUGUUUUUUAUUUUAGCAGGUAAUACAUUGAGCAUAUACAAUGGUACACAGCCAUUUAACAUUAUUUUUUUUU